AUGUGAGACAGAGAGAGGGAGAAAAAAGGAGUGAGAGAUUUUGGUGGGGUGUGGACUCGGAAAAGAGGGAGGGAAGUGGGUGGAGGUGUGGUUGUGAGUGUUUGUGCGUUCCUUGGCGGCGAGGGCUGAGUCGGACAUUUGGAACGUAGAGAGCAGAAGGAAUUGGGCUUCAACAGAAAGGCUACCAUCAAAAAUCAUCAUGUUGGUUCUUCUAGCCGGAAUCUUCCUCCUUCACCUCACCAGCAUCAUCCUCCUCCUAGUGGCAACUAUCGACAAUGCCUGGUGGAUGACAAAAACCGUGUCCACUGAUGUGUGGGCCAGGUGGAUACUGACCAAUGGAACCUGGAGCUCCAACGAUCUCCCCGGCCACUACCAUCAAGAAUACCUCCAGGCAGUACAGGCUAGCUCCAUUCUGGCCUGCAUAUUCUCUUCCCUUGGCCUGUUUGUGUUUGUGGGACAACUCUUCACUCUGUCCAAGGGACAGAGAUUCACCUUCUCUGGCAUCUUCCAGCUCCUAGCCUGCCUGUGCAUCAUGAUCGCUGCCUCCAUCUACACAGACAUCUUUCACAAUAAUGAAUCGGAUGGUUGGUAUGGCCACUCCUUCAUUCUGGCCUGGAUCUCCUUUGCGUUCACCUUCAUCUCCAGUAUAAUCUACUUUGUCCUGCGAAAGAAGACCGCAAACUAGAAGCAGAAGACUAGCCCAAACCCAAGGGACAGGCUCAAUAUCUUAAGAUCUGAUCGUUUUUUGUACAAUUAGGUAUGGAUAUGAGUGUGGGAUACAAAAGGGGAGAGUUGUUAUCCACAUAUUUUCUGGCUUGAAUUUUGAUUCAUGUAUCUCUUUUGGUUCCCACUGAAGUGUCUAAACAUAUGGAUUUACAUUGUAAUAACUUACCUGUCCUGCCCACAUAGCUAUAACUUACCUGUCCUGCCCACAUAGCUAUAACUUACCUGUCCUGCCCACAUAGCUAUAACUUACCUGUCCUGCCCACAUAGCUAUAACUUACCUGUCCUGCCCACAUAGCUAUAACUUACCUGUCCUGCCCACAUAGCUAUAACUUACCUGUCCUGCCCACAUAGCUAUAACUUACCUGUCCUGCCCACAUAGCAAUAACUUACCUGUCCUGCCCACAUAGCUAUAACUUACCUGUCCUGCCCACAUAGCUAUAACUUACCUGUCCUGCCCACAUAGCUAUAACUUACCUGUCCUGCCCACAUAGCUAUAACUUACCUGUCCUGCCCAUAUAGCUAUAACUUACCUGUCCUGCUCGCAUAUUACCAAGUCCAUGUUUUCAAUAUAACGUGGGACAACAUUUUCAAAGUUAAUGAAACUUUUAUAGCCCUCAUUAUAUUUGUUGAAGGUAUAGGGGAGUCAGAGUAUAGACCGACAGUAUCUCAUUAUUUCAGAAUCAUAGUCCUGAACUAUUCUUGCUUACAUUUGAUUUAUUUCUCAAUUAGGCUCAUAAUAAAACAAUGCCAAAACUCUCAAAACCAAAUAGAAGAAUGAAUUGACUAGAGUGCCGCAAACAGAAUCCAAUUUCGGAAACUGUCAACGAUCAUUACCCCGUUUGACUUACAGCCCUACUAUAGUGUGCUGAAUAAGACAAAGAAUAUCAUGUAUUUGCCAAUGUCCAUACAUGGAACAUUAGUACUAACCUCACUGCUAACUGGACCCCUCCCCUUUUUAGUUAUGUAAUUAUUUUUGCCAAUUAUUUUAUGCUUUGUACCAUUAGUCUUAUAGUGUAGAUUAACUUCCAUUUGUCUGAAUCAACCUAUCCCCCAGACACACCCAUGGACUGACAGACAAACCAACAGACGGAUAGAUCUUGAGUGCCUUGAAAUCUGACAGAGCAUAUUUGCUCGCUGCACAUUGAGAUAUAUGUGUAAAUAUGAACAUGUUUGGUUCCACAUUAUGCUUUGUAUGUCUAAUGCAAUUUUAUUUUUGUUACUAUUUCUUAUCAGUAUGAUAAUGAUAAUAAUUUGUAAUUAAACCUGAUUUAAAUGAAA